AUGGACGGGCCUGUAAGGGAGGCUGCUGUAGACCCUGCUGAAGACAGGCGUAGAUGCUGCAAUGAUCCGCAACGUGAGCUCAGCGAUGUACCGUACGUGGAGGUUGCAGCCGUCACGGCUUGCAACUACUUCAACACCAACUAUGCUCAUGUUCUUCGCACCUUGCAUUUUCCAUCCAUCGUCGUGCCGCCUGUCUACCCGCACCUAGCUGGAAAGGAGUAUCUUCAUGGUGGCCAAUUUGCCGACCAUGAUGACACCGUUCACUUGCGGGAGACGUUGAUGCUCCUCUGCAAAAGCCCUUUUGCAGAGCUCGACAACCUGGGCAACCCGCAGGACCUGACCUGA